AUGGCCGUGUGUGCCCACUGCAAGGCUCGACACUGGGAGUGCAAAGGACGAACCGGACACUUCAGCACGUGCUGCUUGCAGGGUAAGGUGCAGCUACCUCCUCUCUCCGGCCCAAUCCCGAGUAUCAAUAGCUACUUGAAGGCUCGGAUAGCGGUCAGUUGCUCCGUCCAACGACAUUCGUCUGUAGUAGGCCCACAUGCUGAACUGUGCGACCCACCUACACAGAAGCUAAGGCAUUCCGGCGUUCCGCGAGAAUGCCCGGUCGUACAACAACGCGCUGUCUUUCACUUCGCUUGCUGCUCACUUCGACCAGAUACGACUCGGCACUUUAGGACCCCCGUGUUCGCGUGUUCGGUCACCUCUAUCAUCGACUCGGUGCCCUGAUCCCCGCCGUGAAUCAACGCCCAGCCUUUGCUCAGACAUGGCUCAUCGACCCGGUCGAGGCCACCGACACUCGACUUGGACCCAACGGCCCAGACCGUCGCAUACAAAGAUCUACGUUGACCAAGCUCGAGUCCAAGUUGCGUACCAACAAUCGCUUUGUGAGGCUGUUUGCGUUGACCAAAGCUCGUGCAGGUUGGGAUACGGCCAAAUAAUGGAUCCUGCGCCUCUGCCUCCCGCCAGGCUGAGACCGACGCACCCACAACCUUCCUACGUCGAGCACGGAAAUGGCGAUACUCAUCUGCGAUUCCGACACCAACACGGGAGAUCAUGGACGUCAAGACCUUAUUCUCCAGGUGCACGGUGAUCGAUGUCCCGAGGGUCGGCCCAAAUACCAAGUCGUUAGCUCGCUCCAUCCGUCCGCGAUGCCUCUCCGUUACCCACUACUUUUUCCUGCAGGGGAAGAUGGCUUCCACCCCAACAUUCCUCUUUGCGGGUUCCACCAAGCCGGGCCGCCAAUCGCCAGAAACCGAGAGCAGAUCGACAAUGGUGUCCAAUUGCGCGAGGUACUUGCCGGUCUCGGUCUGGAUGACGAAGACGUACAGGAGGACGAAGACCGCGACGAUGAGGAUGAAGACGGCGAGGAAGGGGACGAAGAGAAUGGUGAUGGUGAACGUACGCGUCUUCGGCUCUUUCUCGGAUGUUCCAUUCUGUCUAAGGCGCAAGCACAGACUGACAUUGAACUUUUGAACACCUAGGACGAAGGUCAAGUAAAGGGGUCGAGGUCGAGGUGGCGAGUCUCGCGUUCACAAUUCUUUGCGCACUACUUGCCGAAGGCGACAAGUACUUCUCAAUCCCGCAUUGCACCCAACGUCCCUUCCUGGAGUUUGUGAUUUACGGAUGUACUCCCAAGUCAAGAUCGAUUGACUCAACACAUCCGGUUGCAUCAAGAGAACCUACACCUCACCACGACCCAAGGCAUCAACGGCUUGACCCCGAACCAAAUCGCGACAUCACGCAGCGAUACCAGGAUGCGAUGGCGUGCGUUGUCAAACAUGGAAAGCCUCCGCUGCUCAUCACGAUGACGUACGACCCCGACUCACCGGAAAUCAAGGCUGCACUGGGGCCGAUAAAGCAUGCAACCGUCCGGAUCUCAUUGCACGAGUGUUUGAAGCCAAGCCCGGCAACAAGCGACAUGCAGGCUGUUUCGGCGAUGAAUGUAAGAUGAAUAGAUUUUGUUUCUUUGCUGUACUUCGUAUUGUGUUUUCUUAA